CGAGGACGAGCCGAGGGACGCCGCCGGCGGGAAGCGCUCGCCGCGGAGGUGGCGAGCAUGGAGGACGCCUUGCCUUGCCUCGCUGCCGCCUGCGAGCCCGCCGCGCUCCUCGGCUUCUGCACCGAUGACAGCAUCUCAGCUGCAAGCACCUCUGAUGUCCAGGACCGACUUUCAGCCCUAGAACUGCGAGUGCAGCAGCAAGAAGAUGAAAUCACUGUGCUGAAAGCAGCGUUGGCCGACGUGCUGAGACGUCUCGCUAUCUCCGAAGACCAUGUAGCUUCUGUGAGAAAAUCGGCAACAAGUAAAAGUCAGCCCAGCCUUCGAGAAGCUAUCUCAAUGUCCUGUAUAACCAACGGGAGUACGGGAAGCAGGAAAACAAGCCAUGGUUCUUCUUUAUCUAUUGCCAGAAAAGAAACACUUUCAUCUGCUGCAAAAAGCGGUACAGAAAAAAAGAAGGAAAAAGCUCCAGGACAGAAAGAAAAAAAAGAGGAAUCUCAUCCUAAUGAUCCAAAUCCACAAACUCAAGCAUCACCUUCUCCCCAGCCCUCCUCCCAGACUCUCCAAACACACAGGCAAACGCAAGAAAGCAAGGGUUCUGCUCCAGCUAAAAGUAUAAAGCAACACUUUCCCGCUGAAAAACCUCACAGUGCGUGGGAGAGCUCAGAUGACAGUCAGAACAAACCGUUGAGAGCAGCACCUAAGCUAAUAAGCCCAGCGGUAAAGCACGUCGACAAGCACAAGGAUGGUACGGUCAGCCAAGCAAAAAUGUCAACUCGUGAAAAAAACAGCCAAGAGGGAGAAUAUAUCAAGAUGUUCAUGCGGGGUCGACCAAUCACAAUGUUCAUUCCUUCUGAUGUAGAAAACUAUGAUGACAUCAGGACAGAGCUGCCUCCUGAAAAGUUAAAACUGGAGUGGGUAUAUGGGUAUCGUGGAAGAGACUGUCGAGCCAAUGUUUACCUCCUUCCUACCGGAGAAAUAGUGUAUUUCAUAGCAUCGGUAGUGGUACUAUUCAACUACGAUGAGAGAACUCAGCGACACUACUUGGGUCAUACAGACUGCGUUAAAUGUCUUGCAGUUCAUCCAGACAAAAUUAAAAUUGCAACAGGACAGUUAGCUGGAGUGGAUAAAGAUGGAAGGCCUCUGCAGCCCCAUGUUAGAGUGUGGGACUCGGUGAGCCUGGCGACGCUGCAGGUCAUCGGCCUCAGGACUUUCGAGCGUGGCGUGGGCUGCUUGGACUUUUCCAAAGCGGAUUCUGGUACUCAUCUGUGUGUAAUUGAUGACUCUAAUGAGCAUAUGCUCACUGUAUGGGAUUGGCAAAAGAAAUCAAAAGUAGCAGAAAUAAAGACUACAAAUGAAGUUGUACUUGCUGUAGAAUUCCACCCAACUGAUGCAAAUACCAUAAUAACAUGUGGCAAAUCUCAUAUAUUUUUUUGGACGUGGAGUGGCAAUUCAUUAGCAAGAAAACAAGGGAUAUUUGGGAAAUAUGAAAAACCCAAAUUUGUUCAGUGUUUGGCUUUUUUGGGAAAUGGUGAUGUACUCACUGGAGACUCAGGUGGGAUAAUACUUAUAUGGAGCAAAACUACUGUAGAAUCUACUCCAGGAAAAGGACCUAAAGGAGUAUAUCAGAUAAGCAGGCAAAUCAAAGCCCAUGAUGGCAGUGUGUUCACACUCUGUCAGCUGAGGAAUGGGAUGCUGCUAACUGGAGGUGGGAAAGACCGCAAGAUCAUCCUGUGGGAUCAUGAUCUGAAUCCCGAAAGGGAAAUCGAGGUUCCUGAUCAGUAUGGAACAAUCAGGGCAGUAGCAGAAGGAAAAGCAGAUCAAUUUUUAGUGGGUACUUCACGCAACUUUGUUCUGCGGGCAACAUUUAAUGAUGGUUUCCUGGUAGAGGUACAGGGGCAUACAGAUGAACUCUGGGGACUGGCAUCCCAUCCUUUCAAAGAUUUAUUUUUAACAUGUGCUAAAGAUAGACAAGUUUGUUUGUGGAAUUCUGUGGACCACACACUGGAAUGGACCAGGCUGCUAGAUGAACCUGGGCACUGCGCUGACUUUCACCCAAGUGGGACAGUGGUAGCAAUCGGAACACACUCUGGAAGGUGGUUUGUUUUGGAUGCAGAAACAAGGGAUCUGGUUUCAAUACACACUGAUGGCAAUGAACAGCUCUCAGUGAUGCGCUACUCAGUAGAUGGCACCUUACUUGCCGUUGGAUCCCAUGACAACUUGAUUUACCUCUACGUAGUAACAGAAAAUGGAAGAAAAUAUAGCAGAUAUGGAAAAUGCAGUGGACAUUCCAGCUAUAUUACACACCUUGACUGGUCCCCGGACAACAAGUAUAUAAUGUCAAACUCAGGAGACUAUGAAAUAUUACACUGGGACAUUCCAAGUGGCUGUAAGCAAGUCAGGAAUCGUUCUGACUGUAAGGAUAUAGAUUGGACGACAUACACUUGUGUGCUAGGCUUUCAAGUGUUUGGAGUUUGGCCUGAAGGAUCAGAUGGGACAGACAUAAAUGCCCUUGUCAGAUCCCAUAAUCGAAAAGUGAUAGCAGUUGCUGAUGAUUUUUGUAAAGUCCAUCUCUUUCAGUAUCCCUGUUCCAAGCCAAAGGCCCCAAGUCACAAAUACAGCGCUCACAGUAGUCAUGUGACAAAUGUCAGCUUUACCUAUAAUGAUGGCCACUUGAUUUCAACUGGAGGGAAAGACAUGAGUAUUAUUCAAUGGAAACUUGUGGAGAAGGUAACUCUACCACAAAAUGACAUUGUAGUAGAAAUCGGUGCAAACAAAGUGCCCACCCCUGCCAGUGAAAACGCUGUACAGUCUCCUGCACCUCUCCCACAGCCUUUUAAUGAAAUAAAUCAAAAUGAAAGUGUAACUGGCAGCUCUCCAGCUUCCUUGGAGAGCAACUUGGAGCAGUCUGCGGAGGCCAGCGAAGAGCAGAGCGAGGAGCAAAGCGACGGGAGCAGCCUGGAUCCUGCGGAGCCAGGCUAUGAAGAACCAUCCAAUGAGACAAGUGAGGAGCACAGUGAAUCCACUCUAACUGAAGAGCAGCAGGAUAACUCACCGGUGUCUUAACACUUCCAACUUGGAUGGCUUUUAUCUUCCCUUGGUGUGCAUUACUUCAUUAAGGGGUGAGGGUUCAAAUAGGGAGAAGUAGCGGAGAUUCAUGACCACACCAGCUUUUGAGUUUCAGUGAGAUUUUUAGUCUGACCUUCAGUUCAAUAUGUGGAACCAUCUCAAGGGCCCAGCUUCAUGGUUUGUGUCAAGGCCUGGUCAAAGUUAGUAGUGGACAUUACCAUAGAUUCAUUCAUCUUAAUUCUGAAAUUGUGGUCAGGAAGUGGCAUGAAAUACAUACUGGAAAAAAAAAAAGAGCUAGCUCUAAGAAGUAGAGCUUUUUUGACCACCUUUCCUGUGUGAGAGUGUUUCCUAAAAGAACUAAACCAAACAGAAACACUGGGUGAUUCCAGUUGAGUAGUAGUAUGCUGCUUUUUCCAGGUGUGAGGACAAACAGAAACCUGAAAAGCUCUGUGUAGAGCUGUUUUCCUUCAUUUUUUCCUAACGAGAAAAAGAGAGGAAAAACAGUGUAACGACACCAUGUGCGUCAAUGCCAUCUUGAUCUAACAUAUAUGCAAUUUUCUGACACUACUAAUUCUUAAUAGAGUCUGGACACACUCACAGUUGGUCUGCCCUGGGUGCUGCUAUUUCUGAAGCAAAUCCUAUUGAGGAACGGUGGUGGUUGUUCCAUCUUACAGACCAUUUAAUAACAGACUAACCAGAUACCGGUGUGUUUCACUUGUUCAUGACCUGAAAGUCGAUUUGAGUUGUAGGUUGUGUUGUAAUUGUUUCUUCAAAGAAUUGCUUGCCUCGAGAGUCUGAAACCUAAGAGAGUCUUUACAGUGACCUUAAUGUGAACAGCAGAGAAUGCGUGGCAAGAACAGUCAGGUGGGUUCUAGAGUUAAACUUCAAGCCUUCAAGCAGAACUUGCUCCAUCCCUAGUAGGAGAAAUAGAAAUGCAGUUAAAUUAUUAAAUUGGUGCUUGGGAUUAGCAUAUUAAAAUGUUUUUUUGGGGGGGGAGGUGUAGAGGGGGCGGAAAGGAAGGGGUUGUCUUUUUUCUUUUUUUUUCUGGCUCCUUAGCAGUUGUGUUAUAAGUAUACAGGCAUACGGUAAUUUAGAUGAUGUGAUUUUUUUCAGACUUGCUGAUCUAUCAUUUCUGUGAUUUCCUCCCCCCACCCCCAGUUGCUCUAAGCCAUGCAGCUCUCAUGUGGCUAUUCCUGGCCAGUUACGGGAUAUCUUGGCAUUUGUUAUGCAUUUGGAAAGUAAUUUUUUUAUGAAGUUUGUCAGAUAGCUACAGUUUUUUUCUUAAGUGCAUAUGUUUCCUACUUUAAAAAGGUAUAGAUUUACUGACAGAUAUCCAUUUCCUAUGUACUUGUUUAUAUUUUGAUUACAUAGAAUUUUCUUUUUUUUUUAACUUGCUGCAUUGUGCUGAUAUUUUAGUUUUUAGUUAGAGUAUCAUGUGUAGAAACUUUGGAUGAGUUCAUAAGUCUUAAUUAUGCAAGCGUUUACGUGAUUGUGCCAUUCCAAAGUGCAUCAAAACUGUCAUUCCCUUACUAGUGUCUUCUCAGGAGAAAUGCUACAGAUCAGGUAUUUAGUCAUCAUUCGGAAAGAUAAAAACAAAUGGACUCCCAAAGGACAUUUUAGAACAUUUAUAUAUAAAAUAUAUAAAUAUAUAUAUACACACACACACAUAUAUAUAAAAUAUCCUCUUGUUUACAACAGUUCCAGAAACCUCAAAGUAGUUCCCUUCUGAUGAAGGGAGGUAUGGAUUCCAAGCAACCCAUCUGUUUAAACUGUGCUCUGUACAUAGUGUUUUACUGGAGGGCUCUAGUAUGCCUGACUUGCAAAUUUGCCAAAUAAUAGCAAUGAAAGAUAACGUUCAGAUCAUCAAAAUACAUGGUUCCAAAUGGGGAAUAUGCUGUAGGUAUAGAAAAAUCCUAGUAAAGGAAAAAAAAAAGGAUUUUAGAGCUAAUGAGGCACAGAGCUCUCUCUGAUUUUUAUGAACUCCAAGUAAGCAACACAUUUCAUUUGGAACAUCAGUCGCCUGGGGUUGCCAUAUAAAGUGAGAGUUAUAGUUGUGAUAUUCUUGUGUUUGUAGUUCAGAAGACUCUACUAAUAUGCAAAAAGCCUUACAGCUUUCAAUUGCUGGCAACUACUGUUUAACAAAUAAUUAAAUC